CGCCGUCAGUCGGUCCCUCGGUCCCUCCCUCGGGACUCCUGCGCGUCCGGACCCGAGGGCAGAGAAGGAGCGCGAGCCGGCAGACGGCCGUCGGGGCAGGGCGCCCGCAGGGAUGGGGGGCGAGAGUCAGCAUUACUACGGGAAGCACGGAACACCACAGAAGUAUGACCCCACCUUCAAAGGACCCAUUUACAACAGAGGCUGCACAGACGUCAUUUGCUGUGUGUUCCUCCUCCUGGCCAUUGUGGGCUAUGUGGCUGUAGGCAUCAUAGCUUGGACUCACGGGGACCCUCGAAAAGUGAUCUACCCCACUGAUAGCCGAGGCGAGUUCUGCGGGCAGAAGGGCACAAAAAAUGAGAACAAACCCUUCCUGUUUUAUUUCAACAUUGUGAAGUGUGCCAGCCCCCUGGUCCUGCUGGAAUUCCAGUGUCCCACGCCCCAGAUCUGCGUGGAGAAAUGUCCUGACCGUUACCUCACCUACCUGAACGCUCACAGAUCCCAGGACUUUGAGUACUACAAGCAGUUCUGUGUGCCUGGCUUCCAGAACAACAAGGGUGUGGCUGAGGUCCUCCGAGAUGGCGACUGCCCCGCUGUCCUCACCCCCAGCAAACCCCUGGCCCGGCGGUGCUUCCCAGCCAUCCACAGCCACAAGGGGGUCCUCAUGGUGGGCAACGAGACAACCUAUGAGGAUGGGCAUGGCUCUCGGAAAAACAUCACAGAGCUGGUGGAAGGCGCCAAGAAGGCCAAUGGAGUCCUGGAGGCCCGACAGCUGGCCAUGCGGAUAUUUGAAGAUUAUACAGUCUCCUGGUACUGGAUUAUCAUAGGCCUGGUCAUCGCCAUGGUAUUGAGCCUCCUGUUCAUCGUCCUGCUCCGCUUCUUGGCUGGCAUUAUGGUCUGGGUGAUGAUCGUCAUGGUGAUUUUGGUCCUAGGCUACGGAAUAUUUCAUUGCUACAUGGAGUACGCUCGACUGCGUGGCGAGGCCGGCUCUGACAUCUCCCUGGUGGACCUUGGCUUCCAGACGGACCUCCGCGUGUACCUGCACUUGCGGCAGACCUGGAUGGCCUUCAUGAUCAUUCUGAGCAUCCUCGAGGUUAUUAUCAUCUUACUGCUCAUCUUUCUACGGAAGAGAAUUCUCAUCGCCAUUGCACUCAUUAAAGAAGCCAGCAGGGCUGUGGGAUACGUGAUGUGCUCCUUGCUGUACCCACUGGUCACCUUCUUCCUGCUGUGCCUUUGCAUCGCCUACUGGGCUAGCACUGCUAUCUUUCUGUCCACUUCCAACGAAGCUGUCUAUAAGAUCUUCAAUGACACCGCUUGCUCAGUUGCUGGGAAAACCUGCAACCCUGAGACCUUCCCCUCCUCCAAUGAAUCCCGCCUGUGCCCUGAAGCCCACUGCCAGUUCGCCUUCUACGGUGGUGAGUCGACUUACCACCGGGCCCUGCUGGGCCUGCAGAUCUUCAAUGCCUUCAUGUUCUUCUGGCUGGCCAACUUCGUGCUGGCGCUGGGCCAGGUCACGCUAGCUGGCGCCUUCGCCUCCUACUACUGGGCCCUGAACAAGCCGGAUGACUUGCCUGCCUUCCCACUCUUCUCUGCCUUCGGCCGGGCGCUCAGGUAUCACACAGGCUCUCUGGCCUUCGGCUCCCUCAUUCUGGCCAUCGUGCAGAUCAUCCGAGUGAUACUCGAGUACUUGGAUCAGCGCCUGAAAGCUGCGGAGAACAAGUUUGCAAAGUUCCUCAUGACCUGUCUCAAAUGCUGCUUCUGGUGCCUGGAGAAAUUCAUCAGAUUCCUCAACAGGAAUGCCUACAUCAUGAUUGCCAUCUACGGCACCAACUUCUGCACCUCAGCCAGAAACGCCUUCUUCCUGCUUAUGAGAAACAUCAUCAGGGUGGCUGUCCUGGACAAAGUUACCGACUUCCUCUUACUGUUGGGCAAACUUCUGGUCGUGGGUAGUGUGGGGAUCCUGGCUUUCUUCUUCUUCACCCACCGAAUCAGGAUCGUGCAGGACACAGCACCACCCCUCAAUUAUUACUGGGUCCCUAUACUGACGGUGAUCAUCGGCUCCUAUCUGAUUGCCCACGGCUUCUUCAGCGUCUACGGCAUGUGUGUGGACACACUGUUCCUCUGUUUCUUGGAGGACCUGGAGAGGAACGAUGGCACCACUGAGAGGCCUUACUUCAUGUCUCUCACCCUCAAGAAGCUUCUGAACAAGACCAACAAGAAGCCAGCGGAGUCCUAAAGGCCCCGCCCUCCUACCCCUUCCCGGAAGUCUCACAAUGGGUGCUUGGCAGCUGGGUCAGAACCCCCAGCCCAUCGGGCUGACCUGAAGUCCUAUCACUGCCACCCCCUUCCUGCCCCUCCCCAUCAUCCAGUUACCUCCCUAUGCUAAGGCCAGUCCGCGUUUUCACGGCCGCCCACCCCCACCAAGACUGUGCGAUGAGUCUCUCCAGCCCCCACUGGCCCAGAUGAGAAGCCCAGCGAGGCUUCUUGAUGUCUGACAUGCAAGGGCCCUCUGUGGGCUGCCCUCCGCUUCCUGUCCCCCUCUUAUGACAGGACAGUGUUUGUGUCUGCAGCAGCGGUGGCCACAGGAAGGCCACCUUUCACUUGCGUCUGCUCCGGCCAGGAUGCCAGGACCCUUCUCUGGGGCUGAACAACUGGCUACCGGCUGCUGCAGUCAUUUAUUAUUAUUUUUUUAACCUCGACGUGCGUUAAAGGGUCUGUUAGCUUUUUUUCUAUCUGUCGUCACGGCUGAGAUGGGGCCACUGAGGAAUGCUUUCCAAUGUCCCCUCCUCGGGUAUGGCUGGGGUGGGGGUGGGGGUGUGCCAGGUAGGGGUGUCUCCUGGCACAGAAGGCAGGCUGUCCGGGGAGGGAGGCUGGGAUCAAGCUGGUGUGGAACAGGGGGGAGGAGGUCGCUCAGAGCGGCUUAAUGGAAACCGGCUGGCUGGCAGGUUGGGCCAAAUCCCGCCGCCCCCCGCCGCCCUUCUCUGCCAGUUACUGACACAGCUCUCUUUGUAAGAGAGAAAAGAAACUGAAUCCACCCAAGGGAUGAUUUCAGAGGAAGUGGGGAGAUGGGCAGAUGCCCUGGGCAAAUGGGGGGACCCCUCCCCCCGCCCAGUCACCUCGCCUUGAGGAUCCUUUUGCCAAAUUUAUCGAACUCGGGGGGAACGGGUGUGCUGGUUCCCCCUUCACCAUAUCCCAAGCCCUCCCCUCCCCCCAAAUCCAAUCCAGGAUCCCAAUCCGGGAUCUGGAGAAAUCCCAGCCUGGGGUUUCUGUCUCCAGUGCCUGCCGCCCCCUCCCCCAUUCUGUCCGUACACCCCUCUACUUGUAACUGCAUUCCAACCACUAAUAAAGUGCCUAUUGUACAGAG